GCGCGGGCGCGCCGGAAAGUUACUUGGCCUGCGCCGGCCGGGUCCGCGUGCUGGCGGCGGGGCGGCGGGAGGAGCGAAGCGGGGCUCGCGGCUGAAACCCGAAACCUCGGGUCCCCGAGCGCGGCCGGGAGGAAGGAAGCGGCGGCGGCGGCGGCGGCCAAGGCGGGGAGGCGGCCCGGCCCGGCCCUGAGCUGCCGCGGCCGCGGCUCCACGCCAGCCAGCCCGCGUUCAGCCCGGCCUCUUCUGCGCCUGGACGUGGACCUGGCCGUGAGCUCCGGAGCCUACUGCCUGGGGAAAUAGGUGGCUUUCCCUUAUGAUCCAUCUUACUGCCGCCACUGAGACAGUCGUCCAGCAUGCUCUGCCCACCCCACACCGAGGUGCACUGACCAUGAGCCUCAACUCCUCCCUCGGCCACAGGAAGGAGCUGAGUAACCUCACUGAGGAGGCGGGUGGUGAAGGGGGUGUCAUCGUCGCCGAGUUCAUCGCCAUCGUUAUCAUCACGGUUUUUGUCUGCCUGGGCAACCUGGUCGUUGUGGUCACCUUGUACAAGAAGUCCUACCUCCUCACCCUCAGCAACAAGUUUGUCUUCAGCCUCACCCUGUCCAACUUCCUGCUGUCCGUGUUGGUGCUGCCUUUCGUGGUGACCAGCUCCAUCCGGAGGGAAUGGAUCUUCGGUGUGGUCUGGUGCAACUUCUCCGCUCUCCUCUACCUGCUGAUCAGCUCAGCCAGCAUGCUCACCCUCGGGGUCAUCGCUGUCGACCGCUACUAUGCUGUCCUGUACCCCAUGGUGUACCCCAUGAAGAUCACGGGGAACCGAGCUGUGAUGGCGCUGGUCUACAUCUGGCUUCACUCCCUCAUCGGCUGCCUGCCGCCUCUAUUUGGUUGGUCAUCGGUGGAGUUUGAUGAGUUCAAGUGGAUGUGUGUGGCUGCGUGGCAUCGGGAGCCUGGCUAUACGGCCUUCUGGCAGAUCUGGUGUGCCCUGUUCCCCUUUCUGGUCAUGCUGGUGUGCUAUGGCUUCAUCUUCCGGGUGGCCAGGGUCAAGGCACGCAAGGUGCACUGUGGCACCGUGGUCAUCGUGGAGGAGGACGCCCAGAGGAAUGGGAGGAAGAACUCCAGCACCUCCACCUCCUCUUCAGGCAGCAGGAGGAACGCCUUUCAGGGUGUGGUCUAUUCGGCCAACCAGUGCAAAGCCCUCAUCACCAUCCUGGUGGUCAUUGGUGCCUUCAUGGUCACCUGGGGGCCCUAUAUGGUUGUCAUUACCUCGGAGGCCCUCUGGGGGAAGAACUAUGUCUCCCCGACCCUGGAGACCUGGGCCACGUGGCUGUCCUUUACCAGCGCCAUUUGCCACCCCCUCAUCUAUGGACUCUGGAACAAGACGGUUCGCAAGGAACUGCUGGGCAUGUGCUUUGGGGACCGGUACUACCGGGAGCCGUUUGUGCAGCGGCAGAGGACUUCCAGGCUCUUCAGCAUUUCCAACAGGAUCACAGACCUGGGCCUGUCCCCGCACCUCACGGCACUCAUGGCAGGUGGACAGCCCCUGGGGAACAGCAGCAGCACGGGGGACACCGGCUUCAGCUGCUCCCAGGACUCGGGAACAGACAUGAUGCUGCUCGAGGACUACACGUCUGAUGACAACCCUCCCUCCCACUGUACCUGCCCACCCAAGAGAAGGAGCUCGGUGACAUUUGAGGACGAAGUGGAACAAAUCAGAGAAGCUGCCAAGAAGCCUAUUCUUCAUGUGAAAGCCGACGUGCACAAGUCCUUGGACAGCUACGCAGCCAGCUUGGCCAAAGCCAUUGAGGCUGAAGCCAAAAUCAACUUAUUUGGGGAGGAGGCUCUGCCUGGGGUCUUGAUGGCGGCACGGACCGUCCCCGGGGUCAGCUUCGGGGGCCGCCGAGGCAGCAGAACUCUUGUGAGUCAGAGGCUCCAGCUGCAGAGCAUCAAAGAAGGGAACAUUUUGGCUGCGGAACAGAGAUGACGGCCUCAGGGUGGACUGGCCCUCAGAGGGAUGCCCAUCACCCGUCUGUGCCGGACCCUUGGGAGCAUGGGGAAGGAAGAGCAUCUGGUGUGCAGCCGCCAGAAAAAACACUGAAAACCAUGUCUAUAGUUGGUGACUUCAGUGUCUGUGAUGCAACCACAUGUGGGAUUCCUGUGGGUCCCAGUGAUGGGACCAGAGGCAUCUAAAGCACAAAGAAAAGCGCAUGGAGUGUGGCUGUGACUUUGGGAGGCGGGGCAUGGAAGGGGACUAGAGAACGUGGCUUGGGGGGAACCCACCGUGUGGGCCAUUGCCUCUUCCCCUCAGCCUGUACCCGGGAGGCAGCCCUGCGCUGUCCGAGGCCCAGAGGUGAGCCUUCCCUGUGUGCCCUGGAGGAUGGCACUUCUUCCUGACAAAGCGGGGCGUCCCCGGGCUCCUGUGCAGUAGAUGCAGGCUGUGUGGGCCGUCACUUCUACAGUAAAUGGCCCGAGGAGAACCUGGGAGCACAGCACCCCAGGUCGAGUUCCUGUGUCUCGAGUCCCAGUUAUGACCUUGCCUUUGGUGGAGCCACCUGCUGCUGCCAGUACGGGCAGCUCACAGGCCACUGGGCAGAGGUGACAGGUCUGGGGCUGCUGUUGCUGAGGAUGGGGACCCCCCUGCCCACCUCCAUAUUGACUGAUUCUUUGGUAUUUCAAAAGAAGGGAGAAACCACUAUAAAAGACAGGAGGAGGGUGCAGAUUUCAUUUCCGGAAUUUAAAAAAAGUUCAUUUGGUUAGGGCACACCAUGGCCUCACCAAGCCUGAACGGGGCCGUGGUGCCAAAGAGUCGGGAUGUGGAGAUAAUGUUAUCAUCCCCUUCACGGAGAAAAACCUCGUCGAACAAAGUCUGUUUUGUGAUGUUUGCUUGACCAGUUAGGACGGCUGGCCUCCAGGGCCUCCAGUGCAGGCAGUACUCCCACGUGCACAAGUUACGAUCGUCCCAGCCCUGGGCAGCACAGAGAAGAGAGUAGAGGGAGAACGCUGGGCCUGGAGUCCACACCUGCUUCUUGGCCCUCUCCGCCUCUUUGUAUGCAUGUGAUUUGGAACUUUGUGUCCCCUCUCUAGGCCAUCUGGAAAAUGGGGUAAGGGAGUUGGGGGUUGCACUGAACGGUCUCCAAGAUCAUUUCCAAGUCUGAUCUUUGCUUUUCUCUGAAUUUGUCAGUUAGAGAUAGAAAACAAAAGUGGACCCACAGACCACCGUUUGCUCAGCUCUUGAGUGUGGUUUCUAACGGGCGUAUGAAGCAUUGCAGGCCCGGCUGGUCCAGCUUGUCUGUUGGAGCACGUCCCCAUAGAUGGCAGCCACCUGGAAGUGAAGGAGGGUCUCCUCGCGGUGGGAGUGCAGCUGCAGGAUGUGACGGGUGUGGUUGGACGGCCCCCUCUGCCCUGAGUGGAUCAGCGGUGAAGUGUGGGCUUGGAGCAGUGGCUGUGGUGACUUGGGAAGCUCUUGAGCUGCCUGUGUCUGCCCUUCAGCCUGGGCGAUGACAUGACAAGGCGCAGGACUUUCCCUGCCUUCAGAAUUCCAGGGGCUCAGCAGAGGGUGGAUUCCAAGGAGAUCCUGCUGUGUCUGCUACAAGGCAGCGAGUCCAGAAAAUGAGCUCCCUUUGCAGUGUUGGCUCUGGGGUCCAGCGAGCUCCGGGUGAGGCAGUGUCUUUUCCCUGUGUGGCAGAAACCAGUGGUUGGCUGGUCCCCUGGUCUGCAGUUUACAAAAGACCUUUCCUGAGGUGUGGGGGCCUGCUACCUUCCUGGCGGUCCGCAGCUAUCCCAGGCAGCUGGGUGUGGGCACGGGUUUAGGGGCUGCAUGGGAGUGGGAAGGAGCAGGUGGCUUUUCCAGAGGAGCAGCGGCGGCUGUGGGUUCUGCUGACGACACGUGCAGGUCGGACUCUGCUCUUACUACUGGGUGGCAUUCCUAAAUCUGAGGGCAUUUUUUUGUUUUCUGUGUGUAUAUGUCUUUUCCUAGCACUUGUCUAUUUCUAAAGGGACGAUAUUCCUGAUUACCUGGUACGCACAGAAGUGGACAGAGGCUGGAAUGACCUGAGACGGCCCCGGGUGGGCCUUUCUGAGUGCAGCUCACGGGCCUGGACCGCAAGGGUUGGAGAGUGCUUCCCCUGGUCCCCACCAAGCUGGGCUCCAGGCAAAGUCCCCACUGGCUGAUCCCAGACAGCUGGGUGUACUAAGAUUUCAUCUAAGCUUACCCAGAGAUAUGGCACUACACAAAAGGGUUCACUGUGUUUCCCUUUUUCUCCUGAGGUCCAUUCACUUAUUCAUCCCCCAGACACUGCACAUCCGCUGUGUGCAGAGCACCACGCUGGGCUCUGUGAGGAGUGACAUUAGUGCUUCCCUCUAAUUGAGGGAGAGACCUGGGGGAUGCUGAUGCUAAUAAAUAAUAGCAAAGUCAAGUAAUGCUUAUAGGAAGAACCGUGGGCUCCAGAGGGAGGUGAGUGUGUCCAGCUGGGGGAGUUAGGGGUACCUCAGGAAGUAGGUGACAGUUUGAGCCGAGCCUGGGAGGAUGUUUGGCAGCUAGAACCAUGUUUUGCAUAUUCAGGAAUUCAGAUUCACCUUGAUUGAGCCUGAGCAAAAGCAGCAAGCAAGGAGGCCAAGGAGGGCACGGAGGUGGUGGGCAGGGAGAGGAAGAGCAGCUAAUCCCUGUACAUUCUGAAGUUUCCCAAAGGCAUUUUUGAUGACAUCUGCCCUUAGUGCAGGUCGAAACCCCAGCUGCCCCCACUAGACCAAGCCCAGUCGCUUUAUGCUGCUGUGUGGUGGCAGUCUGGGGCCUUCCUGAGGGGACCCUGUUGACAGUGGCAGGUAGGACAUUUGGCCAGUCAGUUCACUUACAUACCUCAAUCCUGUGUCUCCUGGUUUUGCAGGUGUGGGGCUGUUGCCCAUGUCUGCUUCUUACAUCGAGAUUCCCACCUGACAGGGUCCCUGUGUUGUGCCCCAGAGACCAGGCUUGGGGGUGACUGUGACCCAGAAGGCACUGGGUCCGCCUCUGCAGUGCACAGAGCUCAGCACCCCCAGCCUUUUUCCUGGCCAGAAGCACCCAGACUACAGUUCAGGGCCGUGAACACUAGGGGGAGCAGUGUGGCUGUGGUGCUGCUGGCAGCUGCCGACAGAGAGGAGCUAAGGGUAAAGCUGAAGGCUUGUUUGCUUCUAGAAGGCGGAGCUCUUGCUCUGAACUCCUGUCUCCACUGCAGUGCUCACCCUUGAAAGGGCCCCCAGCUAGUUGCUUACAUGUGUGAGCUGAUUCAGGGUCGCAGGUCCUGCUUCUGCUCAGCCAUGUGGUCCUAAGUAAAUCACCCGGUAGCCAGGCUGGAGGAAAUGUCAGACGCGGGCCCCGUGGUGCUCAUGUUCUUUGCGUCUCAUUUAAGUAGCUGCUGUGGAGUCUCUGCAGAGGACUGAGCGACCCGAGAGACUCACUCGGUAUUUGCCAUGGGUCAAGGUGGUCUGGGGGACGGGAGAAUGAGGAAGAGUGCUUUGACACGAGAGAUCUUACCAGCCCGUCCAGACUGACCCUGUGGGUAUCUUUCCAUUCUCACGGGAUGGCCCUGGGAUCCUUGCAGAUUAGAGACGUGUCGUGGAUGGACCACAGGGCAGACAAGUGUCCAUCCUUGAGCUCCAGCUAUCUCCUGUCUGGAAGGAACUGUGGGGGUGAUGUAGCCAAAAAAGGGUGAGGCAGGGAACUAGCAUGUAUUGAGUGCCUACUGUGUGCCUGCCCUGUUGGGACACUUGAGUGCCUGCUGUGUGCUCGGCGUUAGUUCCACGCUUGCGGAUGCUUGCUCUCCUUUCAGAGCAGUGCCCAUGUGAUGUAGUGGGACUGUGCAGGCUUUGGCGUGGGACGUUCUGUUCAGAUCCCACGCUGCCGCUUAUUCCAGCUAGGCAUUCUCGGCCAGUUACUCAGUCUUUCUGCGUCAUAGUUUUCUUAACUAUAAACAGGGUGUGUGGCCCAUGUGGGGACCCAGAAUCCAGGGGGGGCUCUCAUAGCUGAUGAGGUAGGUUAAAGGUCCCAGCACAGCACUUGAGGUGGAGCUGAUGCUGAGCCCUGCUGUUUCUUCUCAGUAACUGUGGGAGGGUGUAUUGGUCUUGUUUUACAGGGAUCUCGUGACGAAAAGUGAGAAUCUUGCAAAGAUACCUGCUACCCUAGAUAGGAGGGGCUGAAGGUUGUUGCCGUGGGAGUGGUCAUGUUUGCUGUACAGCACGAGAGGAUCUUUUGGGAAAGAAGGGAUGUGGUAAGGAAAGGCAUGGAGAGGAUGCACGGAGGAAAGGCUCAGGAGUGUUUGGAAUUCAGGAGGUCUGAGGGAGCAAAAAUGCGCUUUUCUACUGAUGACUGCCCAAGAUGACGGAACCCCGGCGCCUGGUAUGGAGUCCCAAAUCAGCCUUGCCCUGUCUUACAACCCAGAAGGGACACUCUUUCUGAGAUGUGCCCUGCGUGCUAGGGACACUGUGUCCUGCAUGACAGUGACCACAUGGCUGUGGCUCUUGGGUUCGCAUAAUCUCUGAUCCUGAGGGAAGAGGCAGUUGCAGGGACGGGAGUCCAUGCCACUGCCCGCAGGGGAUGCAGAAGCCCAAGAGAAUCCCCAGGGAGGGAGAAGGGACUCAGUUCUCUCCCUGAAGCAAAGGAAGGUGGCUGUGAGCACAGCUGUCUUACGACUGUAAGAGGGGGCAGAGCCAGACUGGCCUUCGGGGUUGGGGAGAGGGGACACACGGAAUCCAGGGAGACCUUGAGAAGUGAAGGGAGUUGUCCGAGGCCUCAAAGUGCAUUAAGCCAGAGUCAGGGCCCAAUGUCAGAUCUUGGCCGUGUGAGUGAGAGAAGGCAGGAGCCAGCUCCGCAGCUCCAGGAGGACAAGGGGCAGUUCAGUCAUCGUUAUUAAUUAGAGAACAGGCCAGCUGGGCUUUAGCAGGUAGGCAGAAAGAACUCUGAACCAAGGAGCUUGGGAGACUGGAAUACCUCCUUGCCAGACCUAAAAAAACGGCAGGCCCACGGAAAGCUGUUGGAUUCACUGGAAAGAAUUCAAAGCCCAAACUCCGAUCUGCAUACGAUUACCAAGAGCACAGCUUUGCUCAGUGUUAUUUUUAGAAGAACAUAACACACAAAGCUGUGUUCAUUUCCCUCAGAGAGCAUUCUUCCUGAGCAGUAUCGAUAGGAAUUAGAAGCCACUUCUGCUUUUCCUUUUGACACCGCCAUUUUGAACUGUCACAAAUCACAGGCGAGUCAGCCCUCCCAGAGGAAAAGACAGUCCCAGAGAGGAUCAGAGGGCUGGGCAGGCAGGGCCACACUGUGGGUGCAAUGGACAGAGCCUGUCUGGCUGGAAAGAGGGCAGUCAGUCAGAGAUGUGGACAUACUUAAAUGACAGAGUCCUGUGCUGUGUUCUGACAGUGGGCCCUGGGAUGCAAAAGUGGGUAAAAACCAACCUUCAAAACAAAAUGAAAACAAGCUAAUCCUGAAAUAUAUUUCACUUGAAGUUGUUAGGUGAUUUUUUUUAAAGAAAAAUGUUUAGGAUUAUUAUAAAUCAGUAUUUAUAAGUCAGUAAAAGUGUACUUAGAAUAGUUUUGUUCACCUGAUUAAAUACCUGUUUUUGGUAUGUGUAUAGCUGUGGAAAUUAUGAAUUUGUACUUGGACUUGUGAACUGUGGACUUUCUUGGCUGUCUCCCCUUUUAAUCUUUACCCCCGUUUUCUGCAGCCAUAUCCCUAUCUGCAGCCUCCCUUCCCACGGCUAAAAAGAGGAAGGAGACUGAGCAGGAAGGGGCUGACUGCUGCAGAACUGGGGGCUGGGGAUGUCUACACAGUCACCUGGGUACAUCCAGCCAUACGUUUUUCAUAAAUCCUCCCAAGACAGUUAGCUUCAUGGAGUAUUGUUAAAUGCCUUCUCAGUGUGACCAAGAAACAGAACAAACACUCUUAACCCAAAGCUUUUCAAGAGGUUUAAUGAACAGCAACAUGCUCUCUCUCUCUCUGCUGUCCCACAGCCACAGUCAAAGGGUGGGUGGCAGACUAUCACCGAGACUCAGAGCACCUCAAGGCCCCAAAUCCACCACUUUUAGCUGACCCCUCACCUGCCACCACUGAAGUCAUUCCUUCUUCUGAGUGGGCAGGUGAGCUGUAAGGCCCAGUCGUUAACUUACUGAAGUGCCCCCUCCCACACACUCAGUCAUGGACGCGGCCGGCACUUGUCCCCUCUGCCUCUGUAGAAUGCUCUCUCGGCUGUCUCCUGGACUGCUUGUCUGGCCUGCCCCUCUCCUUUGUAACAUACACCACCACAACUGCAAAAUCGCUAAAAGUAGGGGCCCUAGUUCCUUUGACAAAUACAUUUAAAAUUUUUUUAAACAACAGUUUUAGAGUACUUUUAGGUUUCCAGCAAAACUGAGCAGAAAGCUCUGAAUUCCCAUAUAUCCUCUGCCCUGUCCCCUGCAUGGCCACCUUAUUGCAAUCCCGCACCAGAGUAGGCAAAUACCAUUUUGAUUUUCUUCUAUUGCUUUUCCUGCCAAAGACUCAGUCGGUGACCCCACCGAGUCCUCCGGUAGCCUCUGCCCUGUCAGCUGUCAACAGCGCUCUACAGGAGAUGCCUGCCGCUGCUUGUUACAGUGGAAGAACUAAUGGCGGAUUACACGCUUCCACUCAUCUCUUCAGUUAUUCUGUAAAGCCCUUCAACCUCCAUGGUUUCGUGUGGUCCCAGCACAGCCCCUGGGACAUAGGUGAUGCAAAUACGAUUACCUCCAUUUUAGAGUGGAGGAAAGAGGUGCCAAGAGAAGUCAGAUGGCUUGAGCAGGUCGCAUAACUAAUUAGAACCAGAAACGAAGACCCUUCCAUUUGGAAGUCAUGCAGUUGCUGUGUUUGGCUAAAGCUCUGAUUCCUCUUCCCUUUGACGAUUUACCACAUUUCCUAACGUGGAUACACAUGUGCCCUGUCCGCCUGAAGUUACCGAGCCACCUGAAGAGUUGUUCUUCCUCUCUCCAAAAAGCCACCUGUCUUUUCUGAGCAGCAGGUGCCCCCCGGCUUGCGGCCGUCCUGUGGGGAGGAGGACCCCGGCUGUAGGUGGGAGAGGGAUGCCUGCUUGGCCCAGCUGGAGAGAGCAGCACGACAGCUGGAGAGGGGAGGAGGGACGACUGAAGGGUUAGGUCUGCAGCGGUUUCAGGCCAUAACCUGUAAGAUACAGGCCUGGGUCUACACGGCUUAUGCUGAGUGAAGGUGGACGCUGGAGUUAAGGAGGUGCAGGAAUUAGAAGACUGAUGGUUAACACCGUUCAGCUGAAACCUAGAAGCUGGAGACGGGAAGACCGGAAGCCAGAGCUGGCAGAACUAGCUGGCGCUAAUAUAAUUUGUGAGCUGUGAUGCUCUGUGGUUAUGAGGUCCCACUAAUCAUGAGAGAUUAUGAUUGGAGGUAGAGGUAAAGUACUUUGGAAGGAGAAAGGAGGAAAGCUCUUCUAUGUGAUU